CUGUCCCAAGAAGAAAUUUUAUGUACUUAUUUUUCAGUAUAAAAAGCAUCUGGGCUCUUCCAAUUAUAUCAUUUAAUUUUUUGGUGUAUCACAAUACAUACAAGCGAGAUGUUCUCCAAAAUCGUCUUCGCACUUGCUGUGGCUGCGGUCUACGCCCAGCACGGACACCAUGGACAUGAUCACGGUCACUCCUACUCCUCUCAGUCUGUAGUUCAUCAUGAAAUUCCUCAUAGCCACGAAGGUUCUCACGGGUACCAUGGAGGUUCUCAUGGUUACGAAGGUCAUGAGCACGAGGUUUCUUAUGGACAUGAAAAUGCUCUCGGACAUGGCCACGGACAUGAGUACUCCCGUGGCCACGAAGCUGUUCACUACGCUCCUGUAGCCGUUCAUCAUGAGGCUCCCGUUAUUCACCACGCUGAACCAGCUCACCACGGUCACCAGGAACUUCACGGUCACCAAGAACACCACGGCGAGCAUCUCGUUGACUACCACGCUCAUCCCAAAUACGAGUACGAAUACAAAAUCGAGGACCCCCACACCGGUGACAACAAGUACCAGCACGAGACCCGCGACGGUGACUCCGUCAAGGGCGUGUACAGCCUACACGAUGCUGAUGGUUCCAUCAGGACUGUAGAGUACACCGCUGACAAGCACAAUGGAUUCAACGCUGUUGUGAAGACUGAAACCACCCACGGUCACCAGCACCAGGCUCCCCAGUACCACGCUCCUGCCCACCAUGUCGAGCACCAAGCUCCGGAACACCACGUGGAGCACCACGUACCCGAGUACCACUCCCACGGCCACGACCACUACCAUCAUUAG